AGCGCAAAAGAAUAUAAACCAAACGAAUAACAAGAGCAAAUGCUAAUUCAACGAGGCAGGCAAUAAACAAAGACAAAGAUUCCCGCUUUGAAAAAAAGAGAAAUCCCACCCCCUCGCAGUCUCAGAUCCGCUUUCAGGUUUUGGAGGGCCGGCGAUGACGUCAUUGUCACCGCCGGUGCAUCACCAGCGUCCACGUGGCGGAAAUGAAAGUCCGCUUGAUUUGGAUGUUAGGUGCUUGAUUUGCAGGUUCCUGGGGUCCCCCUUUGGGACCUCCAGCAACCACGACGAGCUGCAGCUCCGCCGGAAGCCUGCUCGGAUGGAGCGGCAGCCGUCGUUUAGCCGAGAAAUCGGUCACGCGGCCGCCGAAACUUAUCUGGUUACACGGCUUAGCUUCACUCUCCUCCGAUAUCUCGGAAAUUUAGUUGAAAUCAAACUUUGAUCCCAUUGUCUCCUGAAUAUUAAUUCCACGUCAAGAGGAUUGAAGCAGGUGGUUCUCGGUAGUUGAUUACUAUCCAUAAGGUAAAAAGAUAUUGGCAAUUUAUAAAUGGAUAGAGUUAAUGGGCUCCAUAUUGACUAUUAAUUAUUUCAAAAGCUAACCACUUAAGUUUUCAGAUAUUGUUUGAUUCGUAUUAAGAGGUGACAAUUGAGUGACUCCAGUUUGGGUUCGAAAAUUUCGGACUCAUUUGGGGUUUAGGUAAUCUUGAUUUAGUGUUUGUGUGUGGUGGGGGAGGGGGGGGGUGGGUGUUCAAUCUGGGUUUGUAUCAUUUUGGUUCCAAGUUGUUUUGCAUUUAGGUCGUUUUGGGUUUCAAACUCAUAUUCGAGUUCAUCAUACAUGUGUGUGUAAUUCAAAAGUCGAGUCAAAUUUAGGUUAUUUUGCUUAAUUUGUAUUAUAUU